AUGUUUUCCUCGGUGACCUUAGAUAAGUCUACCUCACCAUCAAAACUGCAUGCAAUUUUGAAUAGCAGNNNNUGUCGUACCCUACCGGCUUCGUCUGGCAUGAAGUAUCUGAGCUACUACUCAACCGCUUCCGUCAUGAACGAGCACGCUUUGUCUGUACCUAUAUCAACAAGCGUUGUGGUGGGCCGCAGGGCACAUAAGUGCGCUAAGAAGACCAUCAAGAUAGUGUGA